AUGUCCGACGAAGUGGCUCACAUUCACAUUUUCGACCCUCAGGGCGAAGAGUGGCCCUCACCUCUUCAAAUCGGCCUGCUGACAGUUGUAUGCCUGUCAAUCGCCUCGGUGGUGAUCGGCGUGGCCUCUUACAUUGUUGUGAGUGGCAUUCGCCAGCGGCGCCUCCAGGCGGCCAAGGAGCUGGCCGAGAAGGAGGCCUACGACCGGCGUAUGGCCAACUGGUCGAACCCCGGCGACCCGCCGAAGCCCCUGCCCCCGACCUCCUGCCUGUAUGGGGUAUUCGACAUGGAGGCCCAGCGCCCGGUGGUGGAGGCCAGUGCCGCGCGGGCGGCCGUCGCUCUGACCAUCGGCCAAGGCCCCGGCAUGGGGUCCGACACCGCGUCGGCUCCAGGCUCCGGUCAGCAUCGGCACCUGGCCGCCCGGCCAUCCAUCGAAGCCGGCGCCGGGUGGAACUCCCCGCCGAUGGCGGCCGCCGCCAGCAUGAGCAAGGACCCUGUCGGGGGGCCCCCCUCGCCGAGCGGCUCGCUCCACGCUUCGGAGCCGGACUACAGCCAGACGGCCGCCCGGCUGCUGAGCAGUGGCGACUCCUCGGCCGCGGAGUACGGCGGCCCGGCGGCCGGGAACCCGGCCUCCUACACCCCGCCCUCGUACUUGGCCCCGCCGGCUUUCAGCGACGCGCUGCUGGAAGGCGAGCUGCUCGAGGCCGGUCCCAGCACCCACGAUCUGGCCUAUGGCCACCCGGAAUCGUCGACCAUCUACUUUGACGUGGCCUCCGGCCAGUCGGAAAUCUCACUCGGUGGCAGCCGGCUACUGGCCCCCUGA